UUAGGCUUAGUAGUGACCAAUAACACCAACGAAGAUAACAAUGGCGGCGGCGACAACAACAACGGCGGCGGAGGAGAGCGCGUGCAAAACGCAUGCGUUUUGCGUGAGCAAGACCAGUACAUGCCGAUCGCCAACGUCAUCAGAAUCAUGCGCCGGAUUCUGCCGUCUCACGCCAAAAUCUCCGACGACGCAAAGGAGACCAUCCAAGAGUGCGUGUCGGAGUACAUAAGCUUCAUCACCGGCGAAGCCAACGACCGUUGCCAGCGGGAGCAGCGGAAGACGGUCACCGCCGAGGACGUGCUGUGGGCCAUGGCCAAGCUCGGCUUCGACGACUACGUCGAGCCUCUCACGCUCUUCCUCACGCGCCACCGCGAGUCCGAGACUGACCGCUCUUCUUCUCUCCGCCCGGAACCGCCGUUCGCGAAACGUAACUCGUCGGCUAAUAUCGAUCAUCACCAUCAUCAUGGCCAGUAUGGUUCUCAUCCUCAUCAUGUUGGGCCUUAUGGGCCUGGGCCUGGGUUUCAGAUGGGCCCAUACCCGCCAGCUAUGUUUGACAACUCGAUCAAUGGGUAUUUUAGAGACGGGUCGGGUCAUGCUGGAGCUGGAGCCGGAGCCGGGUCUUCUACUCAGAAUGGUGGUUAUGAUCCUUUUGGUCAGUAUAAAUGAAUGAAUGAAUAAUAUAUAUAUAAAACCAAAGUGGAGGGUAUGAAUGGAAUUUUACAUAUAUAUAUAUAUAAACUGAGAAAGUUAAUUAAUGAAUAAUUUGGUUAAUUAAUUAACUGGCUUGAUCAUGAUUAUUGGGAUUUGGUUUAGAAACUAUUUGGGCUUGUUUGUAUUUGUGUUUGUUUGUUGUGUGCUUUUACUUUCUUUGUUGUAAGUUUUUAUGGGCUAAUCCAAGUUUAGAUUUGAUUUCUUUUGUA